AUGGCAGCUUUAAAUGCUGAGCAUGAAUAUCAUGCAAUGAAUGAAGAUGGUCAAGAGGCUGAAACUCAAGGAGGAGCACAUAGUGAAACGCAGCCUACUCAAGAGACUACUACUGACCAAACGGUAUUUAACUCUAAUAAACGCUUAAAGUCUGAUUGUUGGAAAGAGUUUAUACCAGUAGCAGGACUAGAAACAGAUGGUAAACAUAGAGGUCAUUGCAUUCACUGUAAUAAGAAGAUGAUUGUAGAAACUAGUCAAGGAACAUCAUCUGUUAAGCGUCAUUUAGCUAUUUGUCCAAAGAGACCUCCAGGGGUGAGUGAAGCAAGUGAGUAUGAUCAGAAAGUAGAUCGUGAAAUGGUUACUGAAAUUAUUGUAUACCAUGAUAUGCCUUUCCGUUAUGUUGAAUAUGAGAAAGUGAGAGCUAGAGAUAAGUAUUUGAAUCCAAACUGUCAGCCUAUAUGUAGACAAACUGCUGGGAAUGAUGUGUUUAGGAGGUAUGAAUUGGAAAAAGAAAAGGUGAAAAAGAUUUUUGCAGGAUUCAAAAGAAGAGUAUGUUGUACAGCAGAUUUGUGGACAGCUCGUGGCACUCUCACUGGCUAUAUUUGCUUGACCGCCCAUUAUGUUGAUGAUGAGUGGAGGUUGAACAGCAAGAUUCUAGCAUUCUGUGAAAUGAAACCUCCACAUACAGGUUUAUCAGUAGCUACUGAUCUUUUGAAAUAUAUUAGAGAGAGUGUUAGGUUUGUCAAAUUCUUUACUUCUAGGAGAGAAGCAUUUGCAGCAUGUAUUGAGAGUGUAGGGAUUAGAAGUGGUGCUGGAUUAUCUCUAGAUGUCCUUACACGCUGGAACUCAACAUAUGAUAUGCUUGCCAGAGCUUUAAAGUUCCGCAAGGCAAUUGUUAGUCUAAAAGAAUGUGACAGAAACUACAAGUCAUCGCCUUCCAAGGAUGAGUGGGACCGUGGAGAGAAAAUUUGUGACUUCUUGAAGCCAUUUAGUACCAUCACUACUUAUUUCUCAGAUUAUCAUUCUAGCUAUGGGAGCUAUCUUAGAUCCACGGUUAAGGUGCAAAUUCUUCAAUCAGCUUUUGAUAAAGUGGAUCCGAGUACUUCUGAAGAAAAGGUUAAGGUUGUUGUGAAGAAUUUAGAGAAUCUUUACAAAGAACACAGAGAAAAGGUUUGGACUUCUUCAACUUUCUCAACAACACAAACUCCGGUUGAUCUUCUUAAUGAAUCACCACUAGAGGAUGAUCCAAAUUAUGAUGUGUUUGAGCUUGAGAGGAGCAUACAAGCUGGUUCUGACAACACAAAGUCGAAUUUGCAAAAUUAUUUGGAAGAUCCAAGGCUAGAUUUGAGGUCUUUUACAGAUAUGGAGGUUUUGAGCUAUUGGAAAGGCAACGGGCAACACUAUGGUGAUUUGGCUUCUCUAGCUUGUGAUGUUCUUAGUAUUCCAAUUACCACAAUGGCAGCAGAGUCGCCAUUUAGCAUUGGAGGUGACAUUGAAGAAAACUUUGAUGAUGGAGCUGAGUGUACUACAUCGGUGGCAAGUAGCUCAGGAGUAUGA